AUGUGCGAAGCUCGCAAAGUUUGCACAGCUUCAUUUUGGCACGAAAGGAGGUUGGAGAGGAGCGGUGAAGAUCACAGCAUAUCCGCUGACCAAGAUCUAGCCCGCACUCGCCCGGUGAGUCGAGUCAGCUCACACGCAGGCCAGUGGAGGACAAGAGGUACACCGAUGGAGGCAGGCGUGCAGACAGACAGACAGACGAACAGCCUUAGCACAGAUGCACCAGAAUAGGAUGCGCCACUAUGGGUAUCGUCUCUUGCAUCCUACCUUUUCUUGUGCGUUAUCUGAUCUGCGGUCAGGCAUCAUGUCGGUGGCUUCGUCGUUCGACCCCGUGACCAACGACAAUGUGGACGGGUGGGGUCCCUCAUACACCGACGACAUCUUCGACUCAUGCCUCCACGAAACUGAAAAGUUCCCCUUCGAAGUCUCACUCAAAAGUAAGCAAAGCACACAGGCCGACUAGUUGGCCUGGUGGCGGGAUGGAUGGCUCACCAGCCACUGUCUGUCUAUCUGUCUGUCUGUCUGUUGGGUGUGUGUGAUUGGUUCGCUGGUUGAGCAGUUGACAAGUUGAGUCGCGUGUGUGACUUCACCCAGAGCGGCUACCGAUGGCAGCAGGAGAGGGCCAGGCAGCAAGGUACACAGACAGACAGACAUACUACGCCUGACACAAAGAGUUGCCAGAAUCGCUCGACGCGCGACUGUGUUUGUGUUGUGUGUGGUGCAUUGUGGUCAGCGAUUCGCUUCGGUCGUGAGGGCGGAACACCCGAGAAGGAGAACGAAGAAGACGCGUUCCAGCUUGUGGUACGCACCGCACCCUGCCGAACGACUGACUGAUGCAGACAUACAUCGCUCGCUCACUGAUCAGCUCCCUGUGUGUGUCUGUGUGGCUGGUCACGUCACAGGACAGCCGCCCGGCGCCUAAGCCAAAGUAUAGGACGUAUCAGCAGCGACGGCCGUGGCAGUACCACGGCGGCAGGGGGGGCCGACAGCAACCGCAGGAGGACGAGCGAAAGUCAGUGAGAAUGAGCAUGUCGAACGAACGAAGGGGACAAUCGAUGCAUUGAUCGUGUGUGUGUUGUGUGUGGUUAUGUUGUCAGUUUGCAGCAGGGUCGUUGGGGUCUGCAGCGUCAGAAGACGCAGCAGCGUCAGCAGCAGAAACAGCUGCAGAGGCAGCAGCAGCAGAGGCAGCAGAGGAGAUGGGACAAGUGAGUCACGACCAACACAACAGACGGAGGGAGGGAGGGAGGGAGGGACGAUUGGAUUGGAGGGGGGAAUGCACAUGAGUGUCUUGGUGUGUGUCGUCCGUCCAUCAGUCGUUCCAGGAUGUUCCGCGAGUGGUCGGUGCAGACAAAGCCCGAAUGGCAAGUCGUCCAGGAGGUAAUGAUCAACACUCACAGACACACAGACAGACAGACAGACAGACAGAACCACCAACACACGUGUGUGCGCAUCAGCAUCAAUCGUGUUGCAUCUCUCUCUCUCUCUCUCUGUCCGUAUGAGCAGAUCCCCUUGGCGCAGCUGCCCAAGCAGAACCUCGAUGCGUCAAAAGUCAAAGUCACCGACCUGUGAGCAGCAAACCACACACACACACACACACUCAAGCAAUGACACCCAUUCUUUACUGAGAUUUCUAUGCCUAUUCUCUCUGUCCUUCAGCAAGUGGUGCGGCGAUCUGCGUCACUACGACCGUUCGUACGACCGCAUCACGGAGAAGACCAAGAGGAACCUGACGCGCUACACACAGCUGCAGUUCUACAACCCCUCCACCACAUCGGACAUCAACCUCAGGUCACACUCACACACUCGCCUCGCAACAAGAUGAGAUAGAUGGUCAUGUGCAGCUGGAGGGCCUGUGGUGUGUUGUGGUGUGUGCGUGUUGUGUUGUGCAGGGAGUUCUUGGCCGAUGACAGUGUGCAAGUGAUUGUCACAGGUGCGGCAGACAGCUAGGCAGACAGACAGACACGCAGGACACGCACAAGCCAUCCCACACCUUCAGGUAUAUGUGGUGGUGUGGUUGUGUGGUUGUGUGGUGCAGAUUCCAUCCUGUCGAUGAUGAUGGCUGCCUCACGGUCCGUCUACUCGUGGGACAUCAUCGUCAUUGUGGUCAGUCAGCGAACCAGUCCUUCACACACACACACACACACGCCCCUCUACCCCACUCUCUCUCUGUGUGAUUGUGGUGUGCAGGCUGAGGGCAAGAUAGUGCUGGACAAGCGCGAGGACGCCCCCGACCUGCUCACAGUCAAUGAAAACGCACAGGAACCACCCGCACAAGACGCCAAGGUGAGUGGAGGCAAGUGGUGGGUGCGGUGCCUCCAGUCGGUGGCAGCUUUUUCCCUUGUUGUUGUGUGUGUUGCGAUUGUCAGCCUGAGUUUAAUCAGCCGCAGCGCCUGGCCUUUGAAGCGUCGCUCAUCAACCAGAACUUCUCGCAACAGGUCAGUCGAUGCGGUCGCAUCGGCCUGACCAUUUGCCUUUAGCUGUCUUGUGUUGUGUUGUGUUGUGUUGUGUGUACUGUGUGUAGGUGCUGGACAAGACGUCGCCCCCGGUCGAUCUCAAGGAGAAGAACCCAUUCGCACAAGGCAUGCUCCCACACUCGCCCAGUGACCCACCCUCACCCCUCCCUCGAUCCCUCUCUGUGUCGGUCUCUCUCAGACGACAGCCAGGCAGCGUCGUGUGCGUUCCGGUACCGCAAGUUCACCGUCCCAGGAAACGACAAGGCACCCAAUGAAGCGGUCGGUCCCCACUCACACCACACACAUCACAAAAGCAAGACAGCCGCACUCUCACACUGUGUGUGUGUCCAUGUGGGUAUUGGUCAGGGCAAGAAGGAUCUGACAUUGGUUGUGCGUGCGACGGUGGACGCCAAGAUGCCCACCGAGGCGGGCGAUUCCUACUGUGUCAUCAAGGCACUCAACGAAUACGACCCAAAGGCAAGCCGCCCAGGCAGUGUCAAAUGACUGACCCCGCAAACGCGUCAUGAGUGCCCGUUUGAGCAGGUGGGAUUGAGUUGGCGCAAGUCUCUGGACUCACAGCGGGGCGCCGUGCUCGCGGACGGUAAGAAAAAACCGAUCACUCCCACACACACAGAGGGCAUCACAUGUGUGUGUGUGUGUUGGUUGGUUGGUUGUUCGUCCAUCCAUGUAUCAGAGAUCCGCAACAACGCCAACAAGCUGGGCCGUUGGGUGGCGCAGGCCAACAUUGCCGGGGCUGACACUCUCAAGCUCGGAUUCGUCACGCGAACCAACCCAAAGUAACAGACGGCUCACACGCACGGACACACGAAUGCACCCCUGUGUGUCUUUCUCUCUGUGUCUGUAGGGAUCCGACGUCUCACCAGGUGUUGAAUUGCCAGACGUACCUCACCAACCAGUUCGCAUCGCAAAUCGGACUCACCGAAAACAACGCGUAGGCCAACAGAAUCGCUCUCUCUACAUGUGUGUGUGGAUGUCUCUCUCUCUCUCUCUCUCUCAGAUGGGGCGUGGUUCGUUCGAUCUUGGAUUUGUGCGCAUCCCAGGAGGACGGCAAGUACCUCCUGCUCAAGGACCCCAACAAGCCCAUCAUCAGGCUCUACCAGGUACGCAUUCCGGACCCCACACACAGACACGGGGGCCUGGCCUGCACUCACCACAUGUGCGUGUGUGUGUGUUUCGAUCGCAUGAUCCACCAACAGAUAGCGUGGGAGGACUUUGCUGCCGACGAUGAGGACGAGGAGGACGUCCGCCAGCCAGCGCCACCAGCUGACAAGGACAAGACACAGGUCAGUCGGUCACGCGCUCAUUGCUCCACCAUUCCCCUCUGCCAUGCGUCUUGUUUCGGUGUGUAUCAGGCUGGUGCCAAGUGAGCGAUGGACUGGUCGGCCGAGAUCACGCGUGCGUGCAGCCAGCCGUGCCAGCCUGCUGUAUCGCCGCCACACUGUUCGUGCAGCUAGCUUGUUCAGGUGUGUGUCUCGUGCGAGCGACUGAGCCCAGAUUUUUGAAGGUCUGUGCAUUGCAUGCGAUUCGUGUCAAUCGGGUGGAAUGCAGUGGUGCGGUCACAUAUCUGACCGUCGGGUAUGCAGCAAUGGCUCGGCUGCACUCCUUUGUGUGUGUGUGUGUGUGUGUGUGUGACGAAGGGCAACGUGAGGUUUCAAGAGUGAACUGCCAUCUUUCUGAAUCCCAGACCGAAUAUGCCC